AUCCCAAGUCCCAAACCCUUCACCAAAUUCACAUCCACUUUCUCUUUCAUUAUUUUCUUGCAUUUUCUUUCCAUCAUUAUGGCUUUCCCUAUUCCCAGAUCAUGUCUUGUUAGAAUCUUAAUCCUUGUCUUCAUCGUACUUGUCCCCCAUGCAAGUUCAAUUUCCUUCAACUUCAACAGCUUCUAUCCAAACAUAGGAGGGAUUUUCAUGGAAGGAGAUGCAUUCUCAUCAAGUGAAACUCUGCAACUCACAAGGAAUGCAAAGGACGAUAAUCUCACUUACAGUGUUGGCCGUGCUACGUACAUUCUACCAGUUCAUAUUUGGGAUGCCACCACCGGAAACCUCACAGACUUCACUUCCCACUUCUCUUUUGAAGUGAAAUCAAUUUUCCUAACAAAUUAUGGAGAUGGUAUAUCAUUUUUCAUCACACCAGUCGGAUCUCAGAUCCCUGCUAAUUCAUCUGGUGGGUUACUUGGACUAUUUAGUCCUAACACUACUGGCUCUGGAUCCAUAGAGAGUCAACUCGUUGCAGUUGAGUUUGAUACAUAUCCAAACUCGUGGGAUCCUGUCUAUACUCAUAUAGGCAUUAAUAUUAACUCCAUUAAAUCUGUGGCGUUUACUGAGUCUGCAGAUAUCAGCUCAAAUGGAACUGUGAUAAAUGCAUGGGUGAGUUAUGACUCGAAAACCAAGAACUUGAGCGUCCUUGUGUAUUCAGCAACGGGGCAAAGUUUUAGCUUGUCGUAUGCUGUUGAUCUGAGGGAAGUUUUGCCUGAAUGGGCUACAAUAGGUUUCUCUGCUGCUACUGGUGCAUCUAUUGAACUACAUAGCAUUCUUUCUUGGGAAUUUUAUUCAAGCUUGGAUAACUAGAGCUGAUAAGAAGGGCAAAGUAUUUUCUUUUCGACAUUAUGCAAUGGUUGUAUUAAAUAAUUUUUUUUGUUUUCUUCUUUAAUAAUAAAGCAUUUCAUUAAAUGUACUCGCAUUUGUCAUAAACAACUCAUUCAUAAAUAAAGCAGAAAUUUAAC